AUGGAGAUGCGUUUUUUAUUUCCGAAGCGGAAUCAGAACCGGAAACGUUCGAAAUGGUAUGAAACCUUCACAAAAUCGCGUUUCCAGAAUUGUGAGGUUUGGAAGCGUAACGGAAACACACGGUUCAUAGGUGAAAGCGUGAAAGUCAUUGAUCGAAACUUGACGUUAUACAUAUUUUUAUUUGAGUUAUAA